AUGGCCAGCAAGCGUACCAAGCAGGCCCCCACCGACGACAUCGACGAGCUGUUCGAGGGCAUUGGCGCUGACGACGCCGCACCCAAGAAGGCCCCCAAGGCCAAGAGCGGUGGCCCCAAGGGCAGCAGCAAGGCCGCCGACAACGACGACGACAUCCUCGCCGAGCUCGAGAACCAGCUGGGCGAGAAGGGCCCCUCCCGGCCGCACACCCCGCGCGUCAAGGAGAUCGCUGCAAAGGGAUCCCCGGCCAAGCGCUCCGGCACCCCGACCGAGCGCUCGUCCGAAGACAAGCCCGCCUCCAACCUCCCGAGAAAGUCCGGCGAGAGCGCCCGGUCGUACCAUGCUAGCUUCACGCCCAGCGCAACUAGCUCCGAGCUGCAGGAGUCGGAGAAGAAGGGCCCCGUCGAGCAGACGCAGGCCGCUGCCGGGGGAGGCGGUGGUGGCUGGUGGGGUGGCAUCCUAAGCACUGCUUCGGCGGCCAUGAAGCAGGCGGAAGCUGCAUACAAGGAAAUUCAGCAGAAUGAAGAAGCCAAGAAGUGGGCGGAUCAGGUUCGAGGCAACGUCGGCGCCCUGCGCGGACUGGGAGAUAACAUCGCUCACCGCGCCCUACCGACAUUCACCAACAUCUUACACACAUUGGCACCACCCAUCUCUUCGCAUGAGCGUCUGCUCAUUCACAUCACUCAUGACCUCGUUGGAUAUCCGUCUCUUGACCCUCUCAUCUACGGCGUCUUCAGCCGCGUCAUGGCCCAAGUCGAAGGAGGUGACCUUCUCGUCAUCCAGCGUGGCCACGAGAGCACCGUGAGGUCCCCCACCUCCGAAAAGAGCGCUGGAUUCUUCUCAGGCGCCCAGAGUAGUGCCGGCUGGCGAGACGGCCCGUGGUGGAGAGACGUCGGCUCCCCGCGUGACCUCGGCCUCAUCAAGGGCCUCACUGAAGGAACCAAGCUGUGCAGAGCAAGCGCCGAGGCGUACAGCACGGAGUAUUUUUCAUCUACCGGCGGCAUUGAGGGCGCUCGUCAGCGAGCCGUGGAGCCUGUAGAUGAGAACAACCCCGUUCGGAGCUCAGAUCUCUUCCUCGCCGUUCAAGCUAUUCUAUCGGACGAGGACAAGACGCUUUUCGCGGGCACCGCCUCUGCCGAGAAGGAGAAGGAGACAUCGACAGUGCUCGAGGAGGAUGACAAGGAUGAGCUCGUUUCCUUCGCAGUGUACAUAUUCGACCCCGUCCAUGAGAUCUACUACAGCUCUGUGAGCCAAGGCAUUCCAGCCAAGUGGGUCCGGUGGCUCGACACUCCCACUCCCCUGACUCCCGCCAGCGGCCAGGAUGGCGGUCUUCCCGACAUCGAGAGAGUGCCCGAGGAGAUCCGCGACAUCAUCGAGAGCGGUGGCGUCGAUCCUCGUGAGUGGGUUGCCGAGUGGGUUGAGGAAGCCCUGAGCCUUUCUGUCGGUAUUGUUGCCCAGAGAUACGUUGCGCGCCGUAUGGGCGUCGGCGAGGGCGGCAUUGGCAAGGGCAAGCGCAGAUUGGAGGACGUUGUGCAGGAGGGCGGCGGCGAGAUUGCUCGCGCUGGUGUGCUCUAA